AUGGAAUACACUUGGGAACAAUUAAACUAUUUUAGAGCAUGUUACAUCGCCUUCAACUUAGUUCCCCAAGGGCUUCGAAAAGUCUUCAAACAAGAGUGGGAUUUCCUCUACAAGACAACUCCGUUUGGGGAAUGGAAAGAUAUUUCCCAAAACGGCCGCGAUUUCGACAGCAAAGAAUCACGAAAGAGUCACACAAAGAAUGCGCGACUUUUGGCGACAAUAAAAAGGGGAAACACGGCUGAGUGGGAUUGCAGUUGCCUGUUUUUUGCUAUUUUGUACUCGGAUUGCAUUGGCAGUACUCUUAGUACAGCAGUCAGAAAAGAAGUUGACGAUCUCAGACAAGUUCGAAAUGAUAUCGCUCACUUGAACGAGGUUGAACUUACUGAUGCUGCAUUCCAUAAUUAUGUAGCGAGAGUGUUAGCUGCUUUUAAUUCACUGAAGCUUCCAAUAAAUGAAGUUGAUGAUAUCAAAAACCAGACAGACUUUCCAACAGCUGAAGUAAAUAGCCUUAAAAUGCAGGCUGAUAAGCUUAGAGCUGACCUGAAAACCCAAAAACAAGAAAACAAAAAUCUAACAUCUGAAUUACAAUUGACUCAAGCCACAUUACAGACAAAGCAGAACGAAGUGAAAACACUCGGCGAGGGUUUAAAAACCGUAGAAGAAGAAAACAGAAAUCUAACCUCGGAAUUACAAUCGACCCAAGCCACAUUACAGACAAAACAUGAAGAAGUAGAAACUCUCACUCAGGAAAUCAAUUCCAAAGUCGAGUCUUUCUGUACUCUGACAUUCAAGCCAUCACAUAAAAUCAUCAAACGAUCAAGUGAUGUCACAAGAAUUAUGACAAAACUGGACGAGCUUUACAACGAAAGUAAUGGAGCUAUCAGUACCAUUUAUCUAUCAGGAAUACCAGGCUGCGGAAAAAGCCAAUUAGCUCGACAACUGGGACAGGACAUUUUCGAUAGGAGGUUGCAUGAGAUUGACAGUCUUAUGUUCGUUGCAACCCUAAAUGCAGAAACCCUAGAUACACUUGCAGACUCCUAUUCCAGUCUGGCAAGACAUUUGGGAAUAACAGAAUACACUCUUACCAACCUCGAGACUUUUACAAAGGAGAACCCAAGAGAAAAAAUCCAGUAUCUGAAGCAAGUCAUUUAUCCAAAGACGAAGCAGUUCUCCAACUGGCUGAUAAUUGCAGAUAAUGUUGUUGACCUAUCAUUGGUUUGUAGGGAUCUGCCUCCUACCGGUAGUGAAGAAUGGGGCCAUGGUCAGGUGCUAAUAACUACUCAAGAUAGCAGGUUAAUACCCUCCAGUGCUCCACUUACUUACCAUGAGUCUCUUAGCAAUGGAAUGCAUCCCGAUGACGCAGUGAACCUAUUACGACAAGUAUCUCAGAUUCAGGAUCAGAACCAAGAUGAAAAAGUCGCUGAAGUUCUUGAGUAUCAACCACUUGCUUUAGCAGCCGCUGCCUUUUAUGUACAAACCAUUGUGCUUAGUGGUUCUCCGAACUACCACUGGAAAGACUACUUGGAAGCACUUUCCCACGGCGAACGUGAAGCGACAGAAAAACUUCUUGCAAACCAGAACAUAGCGUAUUCCGAAGCAACAACUACUGCUAUUCAAAUGGCAAUUAUGAGAGCUUUAGAAAGUGAUGACGUUCUUCGAGAAGUAUUGUAUUUGUUUUCUCUAUGCGCACCUGAGUCUCUUCCGAUGGAAGUUGCUGUUGACUUUGUUAAAUUACGUAUCACUGGGGAAACAGAAGAAUUGAUUAAAACUAAACUUUUCAAAGCCUCCUUAUUGUCCUGUUCACACGACAAAGACGGCUCAGAUACCUUUAUAAGGAUGCACAACAUCGUUCAUGAAGUGCUCAAGUCAAUAACAACAUCUAAAAUUGACUCAACAGACAGAGUUCAGUGCAUUUCUGAUGUUAUUGAGAUCUUUCACUCUUUAAUGGAGGAGAACAUAAAUCGGUUACAUUCAAGUAGGCAUAUUUUUGCUAAGUUACGUGUAAUUACGAGUCACUGUAAAGUAUUACACGUAAUUGUUAACACCGAUUUCACUAAAUCAAAAGUACUGCUAACUUCAAUCAACCCUAGAAAGUUAGUUUCGUGGCUUUCUUUAGCCGCUAAUGUUUGCUGUGACCUUAGUAACCCGUCGGAUGCAUAUCGUUUUAGUACGUCAAUCUGUAAUUUUAUACAUUUUCUUAAUGAUUUCAAGGAAGACAAAUUGUUAAGAGCGAACAUAUACAGCAUACAAGGAAAUGUUUACAGAGACCUUGGCCAGUACAGUGAAGCUAAAGAAUACUAUGAGAAGGCUCUCAUCGUUAGAAAAGAGAUUUACGGUGAAAAGCAUGGUGACGUAGCUGCAAGUUACAACAAUCUGGGAAUUGUUUACAGUGACCUUGGCCAGUACAGUCAAGCUAAAGAAUACUAUGAGAAGGCUCUCAUCAUUCGAAAAGAGGUUUAUGGUGAAAAGCAUGGUGACGUAGCAGCAAGUUACAACAACCUGGGAAUUGUUUACAGGGACCUUGGCCAGUACAGUGAAGCUAAAGAAUACUAUGAGAAGGCUCUCAUCAUUAAAAAAGAGGUUUACGGUGAAAAGCAUGGUGACGUAGCAGCAAGUUACAACAACAUGGGAAUUGUUUACAGUGACCUUGGCCAGUACAGUGAAGCUAAAGAAUACUAUGAGAAGGCUCUCAUCAUUAGAAAAGAGAUUUGCGGUGAAAAGCAUGGUGACGUAGCUGCAAGUUACAACAACCUGGGAGCUGUUUACAAAGAGCUUGGCCAGUACAGCGAAGCUAAAGAAUACUAUGAGAAGGCUCUCAUCAUUAAAAAAAAGAUUUACGGUGAAAAGCAUGGUGACGUAGCUGCAUGUUACAACAACCUGGGAAUUGUUUACAAAGAGCUUGGCCAGUACAGCGAAGCUAAAGAAUACUAUGAGAAGGCUCUCAUCAUUAAAAAAAAGAUUUACGGUGAAAAGCAUGGUGACGUAGCAGGAACUUACAACAACCUGGGAAUUGUUUACAGGCACCUUGGCCAGUACAGUGAAGCUAAAGAAUACUGUGAGAAGGCUCUCAUCAUUAAAAAAAAGAUUUACGGUGAAAAGCAUGGUGACGUAGCAGCAAGUUACAACAACCUGGGAAUUGUUUACAGUGACCUUGGCCAGUACAGUGAAGCUAAAGAAUACUAUGAGAAGGCUCUCAUCAUUAGAAAAGAGAUUUACGGUGAAAAGCAUGGUGACGUAGCAGCAAGUUACAACAACCUGGGAAUUGUUUACAUACAACAACUAUGAAGGCUCUUGGCCAGAAGCUAAAGAAUACUAUGAGAAGGCUCUCAUCAUUUACGGUGAAAUGGUGACGUAGCAGCAAGUACAACAACCUGGGAAUUGUUUAAAGCAUGGUGACGUGAAAAGCAUGGUGACAAGUUACAACAACCUGGGAAUUGUUUACAGGGACCUUGGCCAGUACAGUGAAGCUAAAGAAUACUAUGAGAAGGCUCUCAUCAUUCGAAAAGAGAUUUACGGUGAAAAGCAUGGUGACGUAGCAGCAAGUUACAACAACCUGGGAAUUGUUUACAGUGACCUUGGCCAGUACAGUGAAGCUAAAGAAUACUAUGAGAAGGCUCUCAUCAUUAGAAAAGAGAUUUACGGUGAAAAGCAUGGUGACGUAGCAGCAAGUUACAACAACCUGGGAAUUGUUUACAGGGACCUUGGCCAGUACAGUGAAGCUAAAGAAUACUAUGAGAAGGCUCUCAUCAUUCGAAAAGAGGUUUACGGUGAAAAGCAUGGUGACGUAGCAGCAAGUUACAACAACCUGGGAAUUGUUUACAGUGACCUUGGCCAGUACAGUGAAGCUAAAGAAUACUAUGAGAAGGCUCUCAUCAUUAGAAAAGAGAUUUACGGUGAAAAGCAUGGUGACGUAGCAGCAAGUUACAACAACCUGGGAAUUGUUUACAGGGACCUUGGCCAGUACAGUGAAGCUAAAGAAUACUAUGAGAAGGCUCUCAUCAUUCGAAAAGAGGUUUGCGGUGAAAAGCAUGGUGACGUAGCAGCAAGUUACAACAACCUGGGAAUUGUUUACAGUGACCUUGGCCAGUACAGUGAAGCUAAAGAAUACUAUGAGAAGGCUCUCAUCAUUAGAAAAGAGAUUUACGGUGAAAAGCAUGGUGACGUAGCAGCAAGUUACAACAGCCUGGGAAUUGUUUACAGGCACCUUGGCCAGUACAGUGAAGCUAAAGAAUACUAUGAGAAGGCCCUCAUCAUUAGAAAAGAGGUUUACAGUGAAAAGCAUGGUGACGUAGCAGCAAGUUACAACAACCUGGGAAUUGUUUACAGGGACCUUGGCCAGUACAGUGAAGCUAAAGAAUACUAUGAGAAGGCUCUCAUCAUUCGAAAAGAGGUUUACGGUGAAAAGCAUGGUGACGUAGCAGCAAGUUACAACAGCCUGGGAAUUGUUUACAAUGACCUUUGCCAGUACAGUGAAGCUAAAGAAUACUUUGAGAAGGCUCUCAUCAUUAGAAAAGAAAUUUACGGUGAUCAACAUGCUUUGACUGAGCGAACGUUCCGCAACUUAAAGAUA